AUUUCAGACAGGAGUGCUGUAGGUUCUAGUUUCUUCUGAGAAGGACAUUCAUAUCUUGAGAAAUGGAUGGACUCUGCUUUGAAGUAAAAGGAAAAUGUGAUUCCAGCCAGGGAUGGACUAAUAGCCAGACGCAUGACCAGGUGAAGCAGACAGCCCCACUGGAAAAUGAAUCAGAGGAGGGGGUUGAGGAGAUCCACUAUAGGCUUCACCUGGUGGGCUCACUUCCUGUUCACCCGCUCACCACCAUGGCUAUGCUGCCCUGGAUAGUGGCAGAGAUUCGUAGGCCCAAACAUCACGGGAAUGGUGGAGCGUUAAGUGGCAACGACUUCUCUUCAACCCUCCAGAAUGAGCCGGUGUGUCUCCAGGUGUCCGCCUCCUGCGUGCGCUGCCUCCUGGACACGGGCCCGGGACGUCUCUGGGACCCGCUGCACCACACGGUGGUGUUUGAGCAUCGGCCUCACCACGUCCACAAACUCAUCCACAACAGCCAGGAGCCCAGCUACUUUGGCUGUCUGAUCCGAGACCGGUGUUCGAGUACCUGCUAUGUCUUCUGCUGUGAAGACCACCAAAAGGUUCCAGAGAUUAUCAGCACCCUCCGGCAGGCGGGAAAGAGCUCUGCCAGGCAGGAGGAGGCAUCUGGGCCCCAGCUCCAAGAUGGCUGUGCCCUGGAUGAUGCCGGUGAUGAUACAGCCUUUGUCAAGAAGUUUGAGGUGUUGUUCUGUGGACGGGCUUGCGUGGCACAGAAGAACGCCCCACCUGCCCUAAUUGACGAGUGCAUUGAGAAAUUCAGCCACGCAAAUAGAGUGCAGGACCAAAGCAGAGGUAGCCCAAAGACAAGUGACAGUGCUGUGGGGAGCCUUUCUGCCGCUUCUUCCAAUGCAGCUGCCCACAUCAAGCGGGCCCUCUUUUCUCAGCCAACCUGUGAUGGGGCCCAGGGGACACUGGGGGGCAAUAGAUCAACCCCUGGCAGCAGCCAGAAGACCAUCUUCUUCCGGAGAGACCCUAGCUUUCCCUCUCUGCAGGCUCUGGAUGAGAAUGGACUCUCUCCUGAGCUACACAAGAGGAGCACCAAUGGGCCCAGUGGGGUCCAGCCCAGUAGCAUCCAGGAGAACCGCACCAUGCUCUUCACGAUUGGCAAAUCCCAAAUUUUUCUGGUGAGUCCUGACACCAAGAAAGUGGCUAUGGAAAAGGGAUUCAGAGAGAUAUCCUUCUGUUCUCAGGGAAUCCGGCAUGUUGACCACUUUGGCUUCAUCUGCAGAGAGUCCCUGGAGAGUGCAAACUGUCAGUUUGUGUGCUAUGUCUUCCAGUGCACUGACGAAGCCCUGGUGGACGAGAUCAUGUUGACUUUGAAGCAAGCAUUCUCUGUGGCUGCCCUACAACAGACCUCAAGAAUCCAGCCCCAGCAGUGUGACAGUUGUCCCAUGCAGCAACUGCACCGUCUUUGCGAGAGAAUAGAAGGUCUCCACCCAUCAAAAGCCAAGUUGGAGCUACAGAGGCAUCUAGCCAUCCUGGACAAUAAAGUGCAGGCCUCCGUUUUUGAGACUACUAUGAAAGCCAGGCCAAAGACAGAGCAGGAGGAGAAUGAACUGGUUGUGUCCAGUCUCCGCAGAUUGUAUGAGGAGCGCCAGAAGAGCCAUCUGCACACUUGCAAUGGAGGGGUCAAACAGGUGGCUCAGGGAGCAACAGAAGAUGCUGGGGACACAGGCUUGAGUGGCAGCCGAUUACGUUUGGAGCAGUUCAAGAGCCGUGCAAAGAAGUCCCUCGCAGAGUCUCUGGAGGGCAUUUUGAAGGGAAGCAGGUCCAGAGUCCAGCGAGAGGGCAAUAUAACACGAGAGGGUUAUUCCAAUUCCUCCAGCUCCGCGCUCAACAGCAGGUCUCAGAAUGCCUCCCUAGAAGAGCCCAAGUCCUCCUUGCUGCCCUCCAGCCCCCUCAAGUCUCACAAUUCCACAGGAGAUCUCAAGCAUCUGGAGACAGCAUCACCAGAGCUCAAGCAGCGAGGGUUCCGCCGGCGUGCCAGCACCUUCAGCCACCUGCCCAUAACCUCUCCAACAGGACCCCCCAUCCAGCAGGAGCCUACACCUGCCACCAAGCCCAAGCUGGUCCGCCACUACUCUGUCAGCACUGACAGUCCGCACCAGAGCAAGGCUACAAGGCCUGCUGGUGAGGAUGACAUGACCUCCUCUUUUCCUGAAGCUACAUCUUCCCCUACAUGCCAGCUGGUGCCCUCUGCCUCCUCCCCCAGCUUCUUUAGAUCUCUUAAACUGAACCCCAGUCCAGAGCAUGGUGGCCGGCUGCCCAAACGGAGCCCCCUGGGCUCCUCGCAUCUCAGCGGUCUCCGGACACGACUGCACUCCUCUUCCUCUGUUCCCAAUUUUCUCAAAUUUUUGGCACCAGUAGAUGAGAACCGCACUGCUGGCAGUGAGAAAAGCGAUGUGGCGGCUCUCAGCAGCCCAUCUGCAGUGGGUGUAGUUGGUGAGCACAGCCCCCUGCGCAGCCAUCGACACUCUUGGAGACAACAGAUCUUUCUCAGAGUAGCCACACCCCAAAAAACCUGUGACCCCCCUUCCAGAUAUGACGAGAGGUGUGAGGGCUCAGCAGAGCUGGGAGCUCCUGGGGAUGGCACCCUGGGAGUGGUGCAAGAGGAAAGGCGGAAACGGACCAGGGCUGAGCUGAGGGAGCUGUGGCGGAAGGCCAUCCUACAACAGAUCCUGCUUCUGAGGAUGGAGCGUGAGAACCAGAAGCUACAAGCUUCAGAAAAUGACCUCCAGAACAGGCGCCUGAAGCUGGACUAUGAAGAGAUCACACCCUGCCUGAAAGAUGUCACCCAGGUGUGGGAGAAGAUGUUGGGGACACCAGGACGGGCCAAAGUCAAGUUUGACACAGAGAAGAUCCAUAUGGCUGUGGGACAAGGUGUUCCCAGACAUCACCGUGGGGAGAUCUGGAAGUUCUUGAGCGAGCAGUACCUCCUCCGACAGCAAGUCCCUAGUCGGCACCCAGAAAGAGAGACCCCCUACAAGGAGCUGCUGAAACAGCUCACCUCCCAGCAGCAUGCAAUCCUCAUUGACCUGGGCCGCACAUUUCCCACACAUCCGUACUUCGCGGCCCAGCUUGGGGCAGGUCAGCUGUCCCUCUACAACCUACUGAAGGCUUAUUCCCUGCUGGACCCUGAGGUUGGCUAUUGCCAGGGGCUGAGCUUUGUGGCUGGAGUCCUGCUACUACACAUGGGUGAAGAGGAGGCCUUCCAAAUGCUCAAGUUCCUCAUGUACGAUAUGGGCUUGCGCAGGCAGUACCGGCCUGACAUGAUCAUCCUACAGAUCCAGAUGUACCAGCUUUCCCGGCUGCUUCAUGACUACCAUCGGGAUCUCUACUGCCACCUUGAACAACAUGAGAUUGGACCCAGCUUGUAUGCUGCACCUUGGUUCCUCACAGCCUUCGCAUCGCACUUCCCUCUGGGCUUCGUUGCACGUGUCUUUGAUAUGCUCUUCCUGCAGGGGUCAGAGGUCAUUUUCAAGGUGGCCCUCAGCCUGCUGGGAAGUCACAAGCCCUUGAUCAUGCAGCACGACAACCUGGAGGCCAUUGUGGAGUUUAUAAAGACCACUCUGCCAAACCUGGGUUUGGUGCAGAUGGAGAAAACCAUCAACCAGGUGUUUGAAAUGGACCUGUCCAAACAGCUGCAGGCCUAUGAGGUGGAGUACCAUGUGCUGCAGGAUGAGCUGCUGGAUGCACCCUCACCACUCAGUCAGCAGCAGCGUGCUGCUCAGCUGGAAAAGACCAAUAGCAGCCUGCGGCAACAGAACAUGGAUCUGCUGGAGGAGCUGCAGGUGGCCCAUGCCAAGAUCCGAAGCCUAGAGGAAAGUGUGGAGGGACUGGUGAGCAGUGAGGGCCGGCUGCGGCGAGAGGUGCAGUCCCUGGAAGUGGAGCGCUCUGCGCUGCUAGACACAGUGGCCAUGCUCCAGGCUCAGCUGGCAGAGCUUGGCUACCCAUCUAACCAGAACCUAAACCAGAGCGGGGACCAGAGCCUAGCUGCCGAGGGGGCCAUCCAGCAUUAAGAAACCAUUACCCCCUUCCGUCAGCUGUAGAGUGGCAGGUCAGAGAAGCAGGAUGCCCCCUGAGCAGUUCCAUUACUUGUGCCGGCUGUGACAUUUGCACCGUGACCCAGACACAUGAUGACCACAGCAGUCCUCCACAAGUACUGAUGAGAGAGGCAUUGUAAACCAGCAUCAGAGACUCUGUUACAGAUCCCGUUCUGUGUUACAGCUGCAGGCCAUACAGAUUGUAUUUAGUGGGAAAUGGGACCUCUGGACCCCACCCUCCUUACUGUCGCACUGAAUAGCAAGGGCUAAGUUAAUGUAACAUGGAUGUGGUGUUAGGUUCACACGUACUUGAGUGAAAGUACUUCCACAUUCUUUUCUGGUAAGUAGGUAGUACUGUCUAAGUAGGGAGUACUGUCGCACUCCACUCAGUUAUGUACUGUCACAUGGAACACAGACCUCGGCUGCUUUGUAACACCCAAAGAGUUCUUUUCCAAUUUAUUGCUCAUUACGUGUAAAAAUGGCUUUAAAGACCUUAAUUACAUUUAUUUCCCCUUGUGCUAUGCAUAUUUACAUCAACACUGUGACAAAGAUGUUGAUGUGCUUUGUCUGACCUGUAACAAUCAGAAUAAUAUGUAAGGCCUUCAUGUUUUGAAGUUGCCUUCAUGCUUAAAUUUUGUUUGGUUAACCACCGCUGUAUGUUGCAGAAGGAAGAUAUUUACUGUCUGAUACACUAAGUGCAGCUUAAGCUGUUCAAAAUGGGAGACAUUAAGAACUGUUUGUCGAAGAUGAAUUUCUGCAUUGUACAUAGGUGUAUGUGAGAGCGUGUCUGUACUUGUCAGUCUAUGAUUUUUCUCCCAAACUACAUUGUAUGCAAGUUCUAUUGAAGUGAUUCAUUGUACCCUUUGCACAUGUUUGUUUUAACUAUUGUAUACUUUAAUUUACAUUUAAUUUUC